UUGGUUUCUCUCUCUUCUCUCUCUCUCAUGCUACAUGGACAAGACUCUAGAGACUCCAGUGUAUAGAGUGUGCUUCUAAACAUAGACCCUAGAGAGAGAAAACUAGAUAGAGUAAGCAAAAACCAAAGAGCUACUAGUCUUAAUUUAUGUCUCAAAAAAUAUAGUCUAGCUACAGAGAUUAUCAUCACCUGUUAUAUGCACUGUAGCACCACCAUAACUUAGCCAAAUUUCCUAGGAAAAGAAACCCCAUCUCAAUCUCAUAGAUUCAAAGAAAAAAGCCCAUCUCUGCUGAUAAAGUUUGUUUCUCCGGUAGAAAAAAUGGAGGACAAUGGUAUGGUUCAUGGGAAUCUUGAUCCUAGAGCCCAAGAAUUCAUACCAAGAUAUCCUUUUCACCAACCCCCUAACAAUUCUUUACCUUUGCUCCCUAAUCAAUUUUAUUAUCCUGCUUAUCCAUGUCCACCUCAGUUGCCGCCGCCGUUGCCGCCGUCGUUACCGCCAUACGGUGAUGAUGUUGGAUACCAUCAAGUUACACACACGGCGUACGUUAGCUCAAACCCACCUAUGCCUACGCCUUUUUUGCCACCUCCAAGUUCAAUGGCUACAAGAACUUUGUUGUUAAGUAUGGUUCCAGUUGAAGUGAGUGAGUCUAUAGUGAGAAGGGAUUUGGAAGUUUUUGGAGAUGUUCGAGCAGUGCAAAUGGGAAGGUUAAGAGAAGGGAUUGUAACGGUUCAUUUUUAUGAUUUGAGGCACGCGCGAGCAGCGUUGAUAGAGAUUCAAGAACAGAACAUGCAACAGCAGUGUCGUUUAAGGAGGCAUUAUGAGGAGUCUAUUUAUUCUACUACUAUGGGUGGUUUAAUUCUUCCCCCUCUUCCAUUUCCACUUCCUCCCCCGGCGCGUGGGCUUAUUGCUGGAAGAGCUGUUUGGGCUCAGUUUACUUUCCCUCUGACUUCUAGUCUUCCUGAUGGGAAUAACCAAGGGACACUUGUGAUUUUCAAUUUGGACUCUCAUACUUCUUCUACUUAUCUUAGAGAUAUUUUUCAAGCUUUUGGGAAUGUGAAGGAAUUGAGAGAGACACCAAUGAAGAGGCAUCAAAGGUUUGUGGAGUUUUAUGAUGUAAGAGAUGCAGCAAGGGCUUUAACGGAGAUGAAUGGAAAAGAGAUAGAUGGGAAGCAAUUGUUGAUUGAAUUCAGUAGGCCAGGUGGAAAUAGCAGAAGAUUUUCAAGACCUAAUUAUUCAUCACCUAAAUUCAGUCGUAAUUCAAUCAACAACAAUUAUUCUCCUCCACAAAAAUCUCAAAGGGUGUACACUUCACAUUCCCAGAAAUCAAAUUAUGGAAACCCUAGUGGAAGUGAGAGUUCAGGUAGUGGGUCUGUUCAAGAUUCAUUGGCAUCUUUGUGUAUAUCAAAUAAUGGUAGGCCUGGGAAAAUCAAGAAUGCCAAAACAUGUACUAAAACUAUUAGUCCAAGCAGUAGCAGUGUUACAACUUCUUCGUCGAAGCAGAUUUUACUACAAGUUAAGAGCAAUAAACCAUGGAAACAGGCCAGAGAUUAUGAUCCUCGUUUCCUAAUUAACGAAGAUGCCAUUAUGGAAUCAAAUUGCAGUGAUACCAGAACUACUGUCAUGAUUAAAAACAUACCCAACAAGUACAGUCAGAAGCUGCUGCUGAACAUGCUGGACAACCACUGCAUUCACUAUAACGAGCAGAUUGCCGACGGCGAUGAUCAGCAGCAGCCAAAAUCCUCCUACGAUUUCGUUUAUCUUCCCAUUGAUUUCAUUAACAAGUGCAACGUGGGAUAUGGAUUCGUGAACAUGACUUCACCACAGGCAACUUUGAGACUCUACAAAGCUUUUCACCAUCAAAGUUGGGAGGUCUUCAACUCUAGAAAAAUCUGCCAAGUUACUUAUGCUAGAUUACAAGGAAUAGAAGCACUAAAAGAACAUUUCAAGAACUCAAAGUUCCCAUGUGAAGCAGAGGAAUACAUGCCAGUAAUAUUCUCACCACCUCGAGAUGGCAAGUUAUUAACAGAAGCUGUUCCUAUAGUGGGUCGAGGAAUGAACCCUCCUCCAUUACUCCUUUCUGCCGUCACUUCCUAUAAGGAACAAGAAGAAGAAGAGGAGUCUGAUUCGGUAGAACAACUACUAGUGGAAGAAGUUGGUAGGCUAGUAGAUGAUAAUGAAAAUGGCUAUAUGGACAGAACUAAUGAUGACAAAGAAGCAAGAAACGGCGGCGUUGGUGUUGGUGUUGGUGUUGGUGAAGAAGAUUACGAUGACGACAACAACAAUGAUUCAAGAUCAUUUGCUGCUUCCAUCUGCAUGUAAAGAUUUUAUACUUGUCUUGUUGACAUUUACAAAAUCCUAUGAAGAAAAAGAAAAGAUUUCAUUUCAUGUUUCAUGUGGAAGGGGAAAAUUAAAAAAUCGACCACUCCCCAUGGCUGAAAACUGGCACAAAGGAAACAGCUUGCUACCACCCAAUGGGUUUGCGUGUAAAUCUCUCUUUUUCUACUCAAAAAAGCACUCUUCUGAUCUCUCUACCUCGAUCAAGGGAAAAGAACCCAACCCUUUCAGUCAUACUCCUCUCACAUACUUGUGUAGUGUAGUUUUAAGUUUAGCAUUUUACUAUUCUCUCUCUCUGUUGGAUGGAUAAUUUCUUUGUCUUUGCAACAUUGGUCUGUUUUCGUUGUAAAAAUCUUUUGCAUUCAAAGCAAGAAUUCCAUCUUUUUCGUUUUCACUUUUCCCAGGGUUGUGCAUGUUUUGUUUUCCUUUAUUAAUCAAUUACUCCAUGGAGACCGAGUGUAGUAUGGUUCAAGUUAAUAUGUUAUGAUAAGU